GCGUUCAAAUUUUGUGGUUAGGUAAAGUGUUUACGUUUUGAUUACCAACAUAAUUUCUGAGUAGUUUCAAUUAGUGAUUUAUAAAGAGUAUUAAACAUUUUCAUAGUGAUUCUCAUACUAUUGCUUACUACCUUAAAUCAAUUACUAGUAUAACAUAAUUUACAUUGCCAGGAUAUCUUCAAAUUUUGAAAUUGGGGUUUUAAUUGCCAGUAUGGAUUGAUGAAGUGAUGUGACUAGAAUAGAAGUAAAAUGAGUGAAGAACAGUUGGUGAAAGAAGUACCUAGCAGCUUAAAACAGCUGGCAAGACUCGUAGUUCGUGGGUUUUAUACGAUUGAAGAUGCAUUAAUCAUCGAUAUGCUAGUGAGAAAUCCUUGUAUGAAAGAGGAUGACAUUUGUGAGCUGUUGAAGUUUGAGAGAAAAAUGUUGAGGGCAAGAAUUACAACCCUGAGGAAUGACAAAUUCAUCCAGGUGCGCCUUAGAAUGGAGACUGGGCCUGAUGGAAAAGCUCAGAAAGUUAACUAUUACUUCAUCAAUUACAAGACAUUUGUGAAUGUAGUCAAGUACAAGUUGGACCUGAUGAGGAAAAGGAUGGAGACUGAAGAGAGAGAUGCCACGAGUAGAGCAAGUUUCAAAUGUCCACGCUGUUCGAAGACAUUUACAGAUCUUGAAGCUGAUCAGCUGUUCGAUUUCGCCACUGAGGAAUUCCGGUGCACGUACUGUCGAGAGGUGGUCGAGGAGGACCAAUCAGCGCUGCCCAAGAAGGACUCGAGGCUGUUAUUGGCCAAGUUCAACAGCCAAUUGGAGCCACUCUACGUACUGCUCAGACAGGUGGAAGGCAUACGGCUGGCACCAGAAGUAUUGGAGCCUGAUCCUGUCGAUAUCAGCACUAUCAGAGGCCUGGACACGAAUCGCGGCCCAAUGCGCCCGGGAGGCGAGCACUGGUCGGGAGAGGCAACUCGCAGCCAGGGAGGUUUCGCCGUGGAGGAGACCAAAGUCGAUGUUACGAUUGGCGACGACGCUCUCGCAGCCACCGACCACGCGCCGCGCAAGGAGCGUCCUCUCUGGAUGAUAGAGAGCACCGUCAUCACCAACGACCAGGCACAGGCGGACCCGUUAGUAGGAGCCAGCAUGGAGGCGGAGAAGAGCGCGGUAGCGGUAGCGGGAGCGGCGGCAAAGGGCGGAGCCUCGGGGGCAGCAGACGACAUCAUGUCAGUGCUGUUGGCGCAUGAGAGGCGGGGUGGAGGCGGCAGUGGAGGCGGUGGAGGGGCGGAGGCCACAGCUAAUGCUGUCAAGAGUGCGCUGCAGUCGGUUAAUGCCGCCUCCAAUAACAGUGGCUCAGAGAUGAGUGAUGACGAUUUCAACGAGAUCAACAAUAUUGGAGCGUCGUCGCCAGAAGAGAUUGGAGAUUCGGAAGAGGAUGAAAUGAUUCCGACAGUGAUGGUGGGAGGCAAGCACGUGCCCAUUACAAAGGUGGACGACGCUCUAAUCAAGGAGAUGAGUGUCCAGGAGAAGGAAGCCUACAUUCAGGUCUACCAGGAGUACUACUCCAAUAUGCUAGACUGCUGAAUGACUGAGUGGGCGGGGCUACUAGCUAGCUGCAGUCUCAUUGGUGGUUGUGAUUGUGGACUGAAAAAAGUUGGGGAAAAACUUCUAAUUAGGUAGUGAAGAAUGGGGCGAAGUGUGAGGAAACUUGAUGAAUGAAGAAUGGGGGAAAAGUUUGAAUUAUUGUCAUCGGAGGUUUUCUUGUCAGAGUUUUUGAAAGUGGUGGAAUACUUUCAAUAUUUGAAGAAAUUCAUUAGAUUGAUGUACGUAAUUGCUCAGUUCUUUUGUUGUGUACAGAUUUAGCUGUCAAACUAGUUCUUCAGUUUUAAUACUUGAUAAAAAUUGUAAGAUUAAGGUGCGGUUUCCAGGAAAUUUAUUAAAUCUAAUGGACCGUUAAUUCUAU